CCUUCUCGUCAGCACUGUCUUCUCUCCAUUCCUCAUUCCAAACUCGUCCUUCGUAUCCAGUUGUCAUCCAAGCCUGCUAGACCUCUAAUGUUGACGAUGAAGCUCGCAGUUCUUCUCCUGGGCCUAGCUGCACUCGGGUCGGCCAGGGGACUGGUGACAACUGAGUUUCUUGAUGCUUGGACAGUCAAUAAGAAAGAUAAACUUGCCUCAGUCUUGGGAAAUGAUGGCAUCGAAACUACCUACAGUAUGGCCUGUGCAGACAGUCAGGCCGCGUUUUGCGAGGUUGAUGGACUGACCGUCAUGGUUGGUGGGUCGCAAACCACGAUUGUGGGACAGAUCUCGGCCACUGAUACGGUUGACAUGUUUGACAAGGAGGGACUAUCUCGAGCCGCAAUGUGCGCCGUGGAAGAUACAACUUCAGUCAGCUGCACUGUUACCGCAAGGCAAGAAACGCCCAGUCCGUAUAGAGUGGUGGCCUUGGGUUUUAUGGAGCACGAUAUAUCUCAGGCUUUUAUCCCGGUCACAGUCACGGCUGGAACAAUCCCUCAACCGUCGGAUACCGUUGUUACCAUGCCGGGGAGCAGCUCAAGUCAUCCUACUUCACAUAGGGUCAGUCCUAGUAUACCUUUGGGGUCUGGCAGUCACAUCUCCAGUGCGGAGCCUCGUGUCAGCGGCGAUCCAGGAAGCAUGAGUAUCAUGACUACCAAGAGCCAUACCUCCACCUCGUCAUCCAGUUCAUCGACUCGGAGCACUGGGGGAGCACCAAUGGCCACUGGGGAAGUGGCCAUAAUGGCCGGGGGUGCUGCGAUGGCUUUACUAAUUGCAGUCCUGUGAGUCAAGCCAGGAAGCGAUCGUGACUGUUGUGGUCGGCAUAAG